AUGGGAGAUUAUUUGGAAAUGAAAGGGACAGUUAUUGUCUAUUCGAUUGUUGGAUGUGCACAAUGUAUAAGAGCAAAGAGAAUACUCAGCCAACGCCGAGUUCCCUAUACUGACAUUUCAUUGGACAGCUUUCCGCAGUGUCACAAUGAAAUGGUGGAAAGAUCGGGCGGAGAUCCGACUCUUCCACAAAUCUUCUUCAACGGUGUCCACAUUGGGGGAGCUGAUGAUUUAGAGGAUUUGGUACAUGAUGAUCGCAAUUGGGAAUCCCUAUUGGAAAUCGUGCGAACAGAGGAAAGUACAAGUGGACCUCGUUUACCGUCACCGAAUCAAGCUGUCGAUAUUUUGGAUGAGAAUGCGAAUGGGGCAAGUGAG